AUGGAAGAAAACUGGAUUCCUAGUAGUUCAUCGUCAUCAUCUCCCGGAGAAUUAUGUCCAUCUGAUCAGAAUCAUGCAACUUCAUCAUCAUCAGUUAUGAAGCUAUUUGGUUUUCCAGUCACUCAACGUGCCCCUAUGGCUAUAAUGCAACAACAUGAUGCAGACAAUAAAAGAUUUGAAUGCCAACAUUGCCACAGAAAGUUCUCGAAUUCUCAGGCAUUAGGUGGUCAUCAGAAUGCACAUAAGAAGGAACGGCAAAGAGCAAAGCGGACCCACUACGAUCAUCAUCGACGGUUAGGAGUUACUGUUCCGAUAAUUAAUCCGCAUACGUCUCGUUUAGGGCCGUUCAUUAGUCCAGGUGCACCUACAAGUGCGUAUGGUGCAAGGUUCCAUGCACCAGGUGAAAACUGUGUACAUGUACCUCCUCAAGUUUUAUCAGGAGUACCUAUGAGAUACCCUGGUGGUGGUAGAGGUGGUGGAUAUCAUAUGGAGCGGCCGCACCAGGCGGCCCUUGGCGGAAAUUGGGAUAAUCGAGGAACUUCUAAAUCAGCAGGCUUGACAGAUAUAUGUGAUGGUGUGGAUGUUGAUCUCCAUCUUUGA